AUGCGGGCGGUGGCGGCCGCGUCUCCCGUGGUCAGUCGACCCGGGGGUGUGAGGUCGGGACGAUUGCGCUCUCGAGUCGUCGCGGCUCGGGCUCGGGAGGAGCGCACGGAUGCCCUCGGUGGUCAAGACUACAUACUGUCCCAAGCCUCCGGCGUCCGGGAGGAACUGUUCAAGGGCAGCAUCUUGGGGGUCGAUGCGGACGUGGCCACUGGGGACUUGAGGGCCAGGGGCGAGAUCAAGCAAUUCGGAGAUAUCAAGGACCACGCGAGCUACCACAUACCGGACAGGUUCUUGGACAGGUUCGCGACCCACAUCGCCAAGAACCUCCUGAUCGAUGGGGGCGCCAACCUCGGUUCCGUGCCUCUCAUUCUCUGCGUCUGGGGUGGGAAGGGUUGCGGCAAAUCCUUCAACCUCGAGCUGUGCUGCAAGAGGCUCGGCGUGUUCCCCGUCGUGGUAUCGGCCGGCGAACUCGAGGAUCCCACCGCGGGCGAGCCCGGCGCGAUGCUGCGGCGCAGGUACCUCACCGCCGGCAAGCACAUGUCCGCGUCCGGCGCGCCGACGUGCGUCAUCGUCAACGACGUGGAUGCGGGCGUGGGACGGUUCAAGGACGACAAGGCCACCGUCAACAACCAGAUCGCGCAGGCGACGCUGAUGAACCUGUGCGACGAGCCCAACCGCGUGAGCGUGGGGGGCGAGUGGAGGAGCGACGACCGAGCACAUUGUCCGCGGGUUCCAAUCGUCGUCACCGCCAACGACCCGAGCGUGCUGUACGCGCCGCUGACGCGAAACGGACGCACGGACCUAUGGAUGUGGGAACCCACGCGGGGUGAGAUUACCAAGAUGGUACACGACGCCCUGGACGGAGCCCCGGGGUACGGCGGGGAGAGUGACGCGUUGGAACUGGUGAACGCGUUCCCUUCGCAGCCACUGGAUUUCUUUGGCGCUGUUCGGUCUAGAUGCGCCGACGACGCCGUCCGUCGCUUCAUCGCGCGCGUGGGGCUCGAGAACCUCGGCGCCACGCUGUGCGGUCAUCGCGGGAGGGAGGGUGGCGACCCCGGCUGGUCCGCGUCCACACUGACCGGCAUGGACGCCUCCCUUCGGUCUCUGCUCGAGGCGGGCGCGGAGAUUGCCCGGGAGCAGCAGAACGUGAUGGACGUGGCGCUCUCGCGGGAGUACGUCGCCAAC